UGCCGGUCGGCCGAGACGUGCUAAUAAAAGACGGCGAGCGGGCAGCCGGCCGUAGAAGCGAAAGGACGCCGCCUCCGCAGCUGCAGCGGACCAUGGCGCACAACACAGCGCUGUGCGCGGCCGUCUUCCUCGCGCUAGCACUCCUAGCCGAUGCUGCCGUGUCACGUGUCAAGCGUGGUGGUGGUUAUGGUGGGUAUGGCGGCGGCGGUGGCGGUGGAGGUGGUGGCGGCGGAGGCGGCUUCGGCGGCCUCGGCCAUGGAGGAUUCGGAGGCGGCGGCUUAGGAGGCGGCGGAGGCUACGGUGGAGGCGGCCUGAGUGGCGCUGGACAUGGAGGCAUCGGCGGAGGUGGCUUAGGCGGCGGCGGCGGCCAUGGGGGCUUUGGAGGAGGUGGCUUAGGCGGAGGCGGAGGCUACGGUGGAGGUGGCUUAGGCGGAGGUGGGCACGGUGGCUAUGGUGGAGGCAGUCUGGGUGGAGGCGGAGGCUACGGAGGAGGCGGCUUAGGUGGAGGUGGAGGCUAUGAUGGAGCCGGCUUAGGCGGAGGUGGACAUGGUGGAUACGGAGGUGGUGGCUUAGGCGGCGGAGGUGAUGGAGGCUACGGUGGGGGUGGCUACCCAGGAAUUGGAGGAGGAGGAGGAGGCGGUUGCAAUACCUGUGGGGGCGGAAGCCACGGUGGCGGCGGAGGGGGCACCUUCUCAAAGAGCAGCUCCCAGGCUUCCAGUUCCAGUUUCUCUGGUGGACUCGGAGGGUUCGGCCAUGGUGGCUACGGGAAGUGAGAGCAGAAAUCCAUAAUAUUUAAUUUCCUACUCCCAUCUUCCCAGUGAACUUGUACAAUUUUUCAAGAAAAUAAAUUCAGUGUACAUAAACUUCAUGUUAUUUGAUAUAGAAUUAUUGGUACUGAAAUUUUGUUUCAACAACAGCCAUAUUUUUUUACGAAAUGCUGUGAAAGUCAUGGAAAAAAAUAGGAAAAAAAGAGUAUUUUCUUGAGUGAUGUCUUUUAUUAAAACAUUAAGAACCUUUUACACUGACUUUGCUUAGUACUAAAUCAAAAUAACGUACUUUCCAAAAAUUAUGAAGCAAGAAUGUGGACAAUGGUCGAUGAUUACCUAAAGAAUGUUAUACUUAGUAUGAUGUUAUCCUAAGCAUAUAGCAACUGUGCUCAGUACUCAGGAACUAUAAAUUAUACUCAAAUAUAAAUUGAAUUAUUCCAAAAAAAUGAUGUUCACCUUGUAAUUUAACAAUAAAAGCCAUUUUUCAAAUGUCAAA